UUACACAGGUAGGCUGAGAGUUCAGAAUCUGCUUUUCUUUCUCAACAGCUGAGUGCCAAGUUCUUUCAACAUAGUUUCUUUGCAGGUAUAAGGAUGGAAAAUGAAACGUAUUCACCCGUGACUGAGUUUGUCCUCCAGGGAUUAUCACAAAUCUGGGAAUUUCGGAUAUUAUUUUGUGUUCUUCUGCUGCUCUUCUGUAUCAUCGUUCUUCCUGGGAAUAUCCUGAUUGUUGUGACAAUUCUGCAGAAUCCCUCUCUGAAAUCUCCCAUGUUUUUCUUCUUGGCCAACCUGGCCUUGGUUGAUAUCUUCUACAGCUGUGUCACCCAUCCAAAGCUCCUCCUCAACAUAUUUUUUGGUUGCAUGACAAUCUCCUACUUAGGCUGUAUCACUCAGAUAUUUUUCAUCCAUUUUCUAGGAGGAGCUGAGAUGUUUCUUCUCUUUGCCAUGGCUAUUGACCGGUAUGUAGCCAUCUGCCAUCCAUUGCAUUAUGCCAUGGUGGUAACCAGGGUCAUUUGUUGGGCUAUGGUAGUAACUUCAUGGUUUGGAGGAUUGAUACAUUCCAUCAUCCAGGUCAUUUUCAUCAUUUUACUUCCAUUUUGUGGCCCCAAUGAGUUGGAUAACUUCUUUUGUGAUAUCACCCAGAUUAUCAGAUUAGCUUGUGCCAACAUCUACACUCUAGAAUUUGUCAUGUUUUUUAGCAGUGGUGUGCCAAGCAUUGUAUGUUUCAUUCUCCUUCUUAUCUCCUAUUUGGCACUGCUUAUAAAACUGAGAAUGGGCCCUAGUAUAGGGAAAAGCAAAGCCUCCUCUAUCUGCAUCACCCAUAUCAUUAUCAUAUUCAUCAUGUUUGGUCCAGCCAUCUACAUCUAUUGCCACCCUUUUCAAGACUACCCAUUAGACAAAGUAGUGGCCUUUUUCCAUGCUAUGGUCUUCCCCUUGAUGAACCCUGUGAUCUACACCUUGAGGAACAAGGAGAUCCAAACUGCCAUGCGGAGACUGCUCAUGAAUAUUAAAACUAGCAGAUAAAUAAAAAUUUGAUAAAUUUUUCCCAA